CUCCUCGGCCUCGCAGGCGGCGCAGCUUCGGGGAGGUGCCGGGCAGCGCUGCCCCGCCCCGCUCCUUCCUUCCUUCCAGCCCGGCCCGGCCCCCGGUGCGCUCCGGCCUCCGCGCCUCCCUGCCCGGCUCCGCACCCGCAGCGCCGGUUCCGCUCCUGUGGCUGCCGCUGCUCCUGGUUCCCUGCGCCUAGACCCGGCUCCGAGCCCCGGCCGCGCUGCCCCUCGCGCUGGUCCCUGCUCUGAGCUCCGCUGCCUGCCGGGGGCCUGCCCGGUGUGGGUCCCCGUUCUGGGGAGUGUCUGCCCCCUGCUCCUCCGUGCCCAGCCCCCGGGGCACCCCCCAUCUCUGCCCAGUCCCUGGGACACCCCCCAUCUCUGCACCCCUCUUCUGUGCCCAGCCCCUGCAGAGAUUCCCAGCUCGUGCCCAUGGGCAUUGCCAGGUUGGCAGAUGUGAUUAAGGAGGAGGCUGCGGAGGCCGUGAGCUCAUUCCCUCUGCGGCAGUAUCGAGACCGCGUCAUAGCCCUGGACGCAUCCAUUGCCAUUUACCAGUUCCGCACGGCCAUGCCGAAGCUCUUCAACCGCAACGGGGAGAACAUCAGUCACUUGCAGGGGCUGUUUUACCGGACGCUGCAUCUCCUGGAAAAUGGCAUCAAACCGGUGUUUGUCUUUGACGGGCGGCCCCCUGACCUCAAACAGCCACUGCUGGCCAGGCGGGCGGAGGCUGCCGGGGCUAGGAGAGAUGCUGCAGAGUCCGGCCGGGCUGAAAACCUGCCGCGGCCCCUGAAGCAGGAUUGCGAGACCCUGCUGAGCUACCUGGGUGUGCCAUAUGUGCAGGCUCCGGCUGAGGCAGAAGCCACCUGCGCAGCUCUGGUGAAGUCUGGCAAGGUUUGGUGCACAGCCACGGAGGACAUGGACGCGCUGCCUUUCGGGAGCCUCCGCCUGAUCCGCCACCUGAGCUCCAAGAACAACUGUGAAGUAGAAGAGUUUUCGCUGCCUGACAUCCUGCAGAAGCUGGACAUGACUCAGGAGCAGUUCGUGGACCUGUGCAUCCUGCUGGGCUGUGAUUACUGUGGCAAGAUCUGGCGGCUGGGCCCCAAAAAGGCCCUCAAGCUGCUGCAGCAACAUGGGACCAUCGAGCAGGUUCUCCAGAACAUCGACCCCCAGAAGCACCCGCUGCCCGCCAGCUGGGACCUGGAGGGAGCUCGCCGGCUCUUCCUGCAGCCGGAGGUGGCCGACCCGGGCCGGAUAACGCUGGAGUGGCGCGACCCCGACCCAGAGGGGCUGGUGCGGUUCCUCGCCCAUGAGAAGCACAUGAACGAGGCGCGGGUGUGCCGGCGGCUGCAGCGGUGGCAGGAGGCCCAGCCCAAGCCCCAGGAGGCCCAGCCCAAGCAGCGAGCGCCCGGGGAGGGCAGGAGGCAGCAGAAGCUGGGCGAGUUCUUCCCAGCCAGCAAACGGGCACGUCCGCCGCAGGUGCCCGGCCCCCGGCCCAGCAGGAAGAGACAGAAACCGCAGGCAGAGAUGCCCGGGGAAGCAGGCAGCCCGGAGCUGGGGAAGUGAGAUGCUGCCUCGCUCCUGCUCCUGCCACAGCGCCCAUACACUGCCGUCUGCUCUGCCCCAGGCCUUCUGCCAGCCACGCCCAGUGGGCAGCCGGGGCAACGUGCCAGGAGCCCAGUGGCUGCACCUGAUGGGCGCAGACGGAACCAGAUCGCAGCCGCUCUCCACUUUAACGCCCAGGUGCAGGCCAUGCUCCAGCAUGCAAUACGGCCCAGACGAGGCACUGCAUGCUGGGAGCUGCAGUCUCUGCCGGCUGCCCACUGGCACUGUCCUUAGGAG